AGUCACAGAACCAAUUAACCAAAGGUAGUAGUAAUAAGUAGGAAAGAGACAAGUGGGAGAGAAUGGAGUACUAGUUAAUAAGCCGAAGAAGGCAGUAGUAAAGUGAAAAGCCCUUGUGCUUUUCUGGAAUUGUUCUUAAUACUCUCAAUCAGGCAAGCAAAUCCAGAUAUAGAUUCUGGAUUUGAGCAUUGCAGUGACCUUGGCUGGGUAGCUUGUGGCUUGUUUUUGCAUUGAUUGUGCUUUUCACUGUGGUGGAUUCUGUGCCCGUAAAGAGUAGUUUCAGCCAGUGUAUGACUGGAGCAAGCGAAGAAUAGCUGAUACAGAAUAAUGUGUCCUAUUCCAUUUUGACACUCCGAAAUGGUUAUAAAUAGGAUGCUCAGUUUGUGAUUUUAUUCAUUCCAGAAGCUCCUGUUAACCAUUUCCACAAAGCUCUGCAUAUUGUAAUUAUUCGGGCCCGAAAAGAUGAGCUUCAAUAACUCUAGUGGAGGUUCUGGUAGUAGGACAUCUAGAAGGGUGUUUGAAUAUGGAAGGACUCAUGUGGUCAGGCCUAAAGGAAAACACCAAGCUACUAUAGUUUGGCUGCACGGCCUCGGAGAUAAGGGCGCCAGCUGGUCCCAGCUUUUGGAAACCCUCCCUCUUCCAAAUAUUAAGUGGAUUUGCCCAACUGCUCCUACUCGACCUUGCGCUCUAUUUGGUGGAUUUCCUUGCACUGCUUGGUUUGACGUAAGAGAAAUUUCAGAAGAUGGUCCUGAUGAUUUGGAGGGAUUGGAUGCUUCAGCAGCACAUGUUGCAAAUCUCUUGUCAGCAGAGCCACCCGAUAUAAAACUAGGUGUUGGGGGCUUCAGUAUGGGCGCCGCAACAGCUCUAUACUCAGCAACAUGCCAUGUUUUCAAACAGUAUGGGAAUGGAAGCCCAUAUCCUGUCAACCUAAGUGCUGUUGUUGGCCUCAGUGGCUGGCUUCCAUGUUCAAGGACUUUGAGGAACCGGUUUGAUGGGUCACAUGAGGCUGCCAGGCGUGCAGCAUCCUUGCCCAUUUUACUCUGCCAUGGUUUAGGCGAUGAAGUCGUAGCAUAUCAUCAUGGAGAGAAAUCUGCACAAACCCUAAGUUCAGCUGGAUUUCAAAAUCUGACAUUCAGAUCUUACAACGGGCUCGGUCAUUACACUAUUCCUCAAGAGACUGAUGAAGUUUGCCACUGGUUGACAUCGAGGUUGGGGCUUGAGGGGUCACAGUCAUAAUUUUGGAGAAUGUUACUGAAGAAGGUUGGGGUAUACAUGAAGAAGAAAAACAUAAAAAUAACCAUAGGGAGUGGAAGGGCUGCUUAGUUUAGAUAUUGGCAUGGGGGUAGAUGGUAUACUUGCAUUGUUCAAUCUCCUAGUCUUGUAUUUCCAAAAAUAAGAUUCUGUCUGGCUCAAUCUGGGUUUCUGGAAUUGCUUGGAAAAAUAAUUGAUUUGUGUUGGGGGGCCAUAGUGGUGGGUUACCGUGCUAGUCUCUUCCGAGGUUUGGAUUGUACAGUCGGGUCCAAUAGUGGUUCGGCUGACGGGUUGUUCCUCGGUUAUAAACAAAAAACAAAAAAAAAUUGAUUUGUGUUUAUUUCUUCGAUUGGGAUGGUGUUGUUUCUAUCAUUAUUGUUGUUUUUGUCUAGUAGAAUUUUCCUAAUUUGGGUUUUUGUGUAAUUCAGGACUUUUCUGUAAGGUUGCUGAUAAACGUAAUUUGAAUUGAAUUUUCCA